AUGGUUGGUUUCAGGAUACGCCACCUUGUACGCACGUUCACGCAACAGAUGAAAAAGUCACCAUCAAUAGCGGAGCAGACACACCUCAGAGGGUUGGAUUUGCUUCGGAAUCCACGUUACAACCGGGGUAUGGCGUUUACUUUGCAGGAACGGGAGGAGCUGGGUCUCCAGGGUCUCCUACCGCCUCGCGUGCUCACCAUCGAGACGCAGAAAAAGCGCAUCAUGGAAAGCCUGGGGCGCUGCGCGACUGAUCUUGAUCGAUACCUGCAACUCAUUUGGCUGUUACAGCGGAACGAAACGCUUUUUUUCCGUCUGUUGAUCGAUCACGUGACCGAGCUGAUGCCGUACGUGUACACCCCAACAGUUGGCGAGGCGUGUCAACGUUUCGGGCACAUCUUCAAAACGCCUCGCGGCCUUUUUAUUUCCUUCGAGGAUCGCGGAAAGAUUAGGAAGAUUCUGGAUAACUGGCCCGAGAAAGACGUUCGGGUUAUUGUUGUCACGGACGGGGAACGGAUCCUGGGCCUGGGAGACCUCGGGGCCUCGGGAGCGGGCAUUCCUGUCGGAAAACUACUCCUUUAUGUAGCCUGCGGUGGCGUUGAGCCCCAGCGCACGCUUCCUGUGGUGCUUGAUGUGGGCACUGAAAAUUUGGAACUGUUGCAGGAUCCCCUGUAUCCGGGACUCUUGCGUCGACGCGUGCGCGGUGCUGACUACGACGCCUUCGUCGACGAAUUCGUAGAGGCUGUGCAGAACAAGUGGGGUGAAAACUGCCUUAUCCAGUGGGAGGACUUUGGUAAUGCUAAUGCUUUUCGAAUUCUAGAACGAUGGCGUGGCCGCCAUUGCUCCUUCAACGAUGAUAUCCAGGGCACUGCUGCAGUAGCCUUGGCCGGCCUCCUCGGUGCAUUGAAGAUGCCCGGUGUCAAGAGCAACCUUUCUGAACAUGUUUUCCUCUUCCUGGGGGCUGGAUCUGCCGGGAUCGGAAUCGCAGACCUCAUCUCGCUAUAUAUGGUGAAACAGGGCCUUGUCGGUACCGUGGAGGAAGCGCGGAAACGCUGCUGGUUCAUCGAUUCGAAAGGUCUACUCUACCGUGGGCGAGCUCUGGUGACGAAAGAAAAACAACGCUAUGCGCAGGACAUUGCCACGGAGACGCUGGCGACGUUAGGCGAGGCCAUGGAAGGUGUCUCUGAUGCCACUGCAUCCAAGCCAGACGCUGACGCAGCGGCUUCGCAGCAGGUGCCGCAGCGGCGGAUCGGCCUUGCGGAUGCGGUUCGACUGCUGAAACCAACUGCGCUGAUUGGUGUGAGCACCAUUCCGAAAGCCUUCGAUGCCGAUAUUCUCGCUCAGAUGGCUGCCAAUCAUGAAAGGCCGAUCGUGUUUGCGCUCUCAAAUCCAACGUCGAAAAGUGAAUGUACUGCGCGUGAGGCCUACGAGUUCACCGGCGGACGGGCUGUAUUCGCUUCGGGGUCGCCCUUUGACCCGGUAAAAAUCCAGACUGGAGGGGAUGCUCAGGAGCGCUGUUUCGUCCCGGGACAGGCGAAUAACGUUUAUUGCUUUCCUGGCUGCGGAUUCGGUAUCCAUCUGGCGGGUGCGACGCGAUUCACAGAUGAAAUGUUUAUCGAGGCUGCCAGUGCAGUGGCUGCACUUGUGGAUGAGAGCGACCUGCGUCAGGGUUGCGUAUUUCCGCCGCUAAGCAAAAUACGCGACGUAAGUGCCCACAUUGCGGUGGCGAUCGCCAAUGAGGCAGCGCGUACCGGAGUGGCCACCAGGCGGGGCUCUGGGUCCCAGGGGCAGUUUACGCCAGCGGACGCGUAUGCACUCCAGUACGAUCCUGCUUACUAG